AUGAGAUUGUUCGCGCUAUAUUCCCGUGACGCCAUGCGCCGGGCUGGCACGAUAGCCUUUCACCACAGCGUCAAUGUCGGGCGCAUCAGAACUCAUGGUCUCCUCGUUCACAGGCGACCCACGCUGUCGCGUCAGUCGAAGCACAGCUUCUUCACCGCGACUGAGGAGAGCUCGCCGCCCAAGAAGAAGACGUCCCUUCCCGUCGCCCUGCUCUCCGGUGCCUUGUUCUUAUGGCUGCUGUACCCGUCGGAAGAGUUUGAGCGGCUGUCGCUUGCCCAGGACGAGAGGAGCAAUAGGGUUCGCGAUGGCCAAGCCGGGAAAGCGACCGGCGGCUCCAACGACGGCGCCUGGUACAAUUUUGCACUCAAGUUCGAGACCCUGUCCGACGCCACCGAUAUCCAGUGGAGCGCCGACAAGAUUGUCGGCUUCAUCCUGCCAGAAUGGUCCAGGCUGAUCCCCGGCUACAUCCGGAAACUCCAGAGAGAGCUAUCCAUGGCACCUGGGUCUCUAGCCGACGAAAUUUGGCGAGAAGCCCACGAUCCCUUUGCCAACCCCGAAGUGCAAUAUGGUGCCAGUGUGAGAGUCUCCAACGACCUCUGCGACGAAGAAAAAGAGUUUCUGGCUAGGAGAAAGAGGGUCACCACUAUGGCCUUGGCUAAGUACUUGGAUCUCGACGAAAAGGAUGUCCACCCAGAAGACGUCCCGACUAUCGCCAUGUGUGGCUCCGGAGGCGGCCUCAGGGCCCUCGUCGCUGGCACCGGCUCUAUGCUCGCUGCCGACGAAGACGGCCUUUUCGACUGCGUCACUUACACCUCCGGCGUGAGCGGUUCCUGUUGGCUACAGGCGCUGUAUCACUCGUCUAUCUCGGAAGGUAGCAUGGACCGCCUCUUGCAGCACCUAAAGGCUCGCGCCGGCAUUCAUAUUGCAUACCCCCCCGUAGCUUUCCAAACUCUGCUCUCGGCGCCUACAAACAAAUCCAUCCUGAGCGGCCUCGUUGAGAAGCUCAAGGGGGACCCAGGAGCCGAUUUCGGACUGGUCGACAUUUAUGGCCUUCUCUUGGCGGCGAGAUAUCUAGUCCCCAAAGGCGAACUAGAAGUAAACGACCGGGACUUUAAACUCUCUAACCAGCGAGACUACAUCAAAUACGGACAGAAUCCGCUCCCCAUCUACACCGCCGUCCGCCAUGAGAUCCCUGACGUCGACCUCGACGGGAGCGGAGAGGUCCCUUCAACAUCCGAGGCAGCGAAGGAAGUUGCUAAACAAGAGGCCUGGUUUCAAUGGUUCGAAAUCACACCUUACGAGUUCUUCUGCGAAGAGUUUCAAGCAGGCAUUCCAACCUGGGCCAUGGGAAGACGCUUCGAAAACGGCGUCGACGUACCCCCUGAAGAAGGUUUCCACCUGCCCGAAACCCGCUUGCCCUUCCUCCUGGGCGUUUUCGGCAGCGCCUUUUGCGCGACACUCAGCCACUAUUACAACGAGGUCAGGCCCAUUGUUCAGAGUAUCGCUGGUUUCAGCUCUUUGGACGGCAUGAUCACCGGUUACAACGAGGACCUCAGCAAAGUACAUCCUAUCGACCCUGGCACUGUUGCGAACUUCGCCUAUGGUAUGGAGGACAAGCUCCCCGACACGGUACCAAAGAGCGUGUACAAGUCAGAGCACAUCCAACUCAUGGACGCUGGCAUGUCCAACAACCUUCCCAUCUACCCGCUUCUUCGGCCGGGUCGAGACGUUGAUGUUGUUGUGGCUUUUGAUGCAUCCGCAGACAUCAAGACCGACAAUUGGCUUGCAGUCGCCGAUGGUUAUGCCCGCCAGCGAGGUAUCAAGGGCUGGCCCGUCGGCGUUGGCUGGCCCAAGGCCGGGGAAUCAUCAAAGCAGGUCCGCGAUGAGUUGCUAGAGGCCGAGGCCGCAUCCACGCAGGAGGCAGACCAGAAACUGUAUGAGGCCAAGGAGUUCCAACACGAGCACCACGCUGGGGAGAACCAGCCAAACGAAGACACGCAGAAGGGACAGGCUUCCAAGUUUAGUCCCGGCGACGAAGAGUCCGGAGAGCUUGGUUAUUGCACAGUCUGGGUCGGCACAACUCAGGAGCGCACCUCGGAACCCCCACCUCAAUCGAAGGCCAUCGACGAGUCCACCUCCUGGCAGCUCAUGGAGCCCGACGCCGGCAUCGCCAUCAUCUAUCUUCCCUACCUCGCGAACCCCAAGGUGCCCGGCAUCAACCCGGGCACGACCGACUUCUUGAGCACCUGGAAUUUCGUCUACACACCGGACCAGAUCGAGCAGGUCGCCGCGCUCUCGAGGGCUAACUAUGCUGAGGGGCGGGAAAAGAUCCGCGGCACGGUGCGGGCCGUGUACGAGCGCAAGAAGAAGCUCAGACUCGAAAAGAUUGAGAAGUCCCGGAUGGAUCGGUACAGGCGGUUGGUAAGGCAGGGCAUGGCACACAAGCUGGGCGAAGGUGAUCAGUUCAGCUGA